CUGCAGCUGCCACACGAGAAGUGACAACUUUGCCAAUUAGGGAGCAAUUACAAGCAUUGGGUCAUUACCAUUGUCCGGUCAGCAUCUGAUGUCUAGAGCUCAUGCAGAUGCAUUUAAAGCCCAUUUGGCCCAAAGGUGAUGAUUUAAUGAAGCUAGAUCAUCCAGGAGAACUUCAAUGCAAUGAAGAAAGAGGACACACAUUGCAAGAUGGACAAUGUACAAACCUUUUCCUUUGCUCAUUGCUUGGAUCCUAUCGUAAACACCAAUAUAGCUUCGCCCCUCAGUGAGGAAUUCAGGGCACAGCUUGCCCAAUUUGGAUACAGCCCUCCCACAGACUUAGAAAACUUCAAAAGCUCUCUGGAAGGGGGAUCUCGUAAACGUAAAAGUAUGCCAACGAAAGUGUCUUCCACUGCCCCUCCAGGAGAUCCCACAUCUCAGUUGGAGAAACCGGAAGAAAAUGUUGAUGGAGGUUCUCCCAGCCCCCCUUCAAUAUUUCAGCACGAAUCCACACAGCCAAAGUACAAUGGUCACAUGAUCGACCUCUGCAACCUUGGCUAUCACUUUUAUAGGACUCUGGAACAUUUUGGGACACAGCCUAUCAAAGAAGAACCAAUGAAGCCCCAGGUUCUAUGGCCUGGCCCCACCACUUUUCUGCAGGCUCCCUAUUCAUACUAUCCAAAAAUUCAUCCUACUCUAAUGUUUCCUUUUAUGAUUCCCCCAGAUUUGCAUUUCAGAAAUCCUUUCCCAUUGAAAAGGCCCCCAGAGCCUCCCUUUAAAAGGGUUGAGUUAAAUGAGCAAGCUGAAAAGAAGCAAAAGGUGGAAAGAGUAGACGUCAACAUUCAGAUCGAUGACAGCUAUUACAUUGACGUAGGAGGGGAGCAGAAACGCUGGCAGUGCCCCAUGUGCGACAAGUCUUACACAUCCAAAUACAACUUGGUCACCCACAUCUUGGGGCACAGUGGCAUCAAGCCCCAUGCUUGCUCUCGGUGUGGCAAGCUUUUCAAGCAGCUGAGUCAUCUGCAUACCCAUAUGCUGACUCAUCAAGGCACUCGGCCCCAUAAGUGCCAAGUGUGUCACAAGGCCUUCACUCAAACUAGCCACCUGAAGAGACACAUGAUGCAGCACAGUGACGUCAAACCUUACAGCUGCAGGAUUUGUGGAAGGGGUUUUGCCUACCCCAGUGAGUUGAAAGCUCAUGAAUCCAAGCAUGAGAGUGGCAGAGAAAAUAUCUGCAUUGAGUGCGGCCUUGACUUCCCGACUUUAUCUCAGCUGAAGAGGCACCUAACCACCCACCGAGGUCCUGUUCAAUACACUUGUACCGAGUGUGACAAGAUAUUCCAGUAUCCAAGUCAGCUGCAGAAUCACAUGAUGAAGCACAAGGAUAUUCGCCCUUAUAUUUGCACCGAAUGUGGCAUGGAAUUUGUGCAGCCACAUCACCUGAAGCAGCAUGCCUUAACUCACAAGGGUGUGAAAGAGCACAAGUGUGGAAUCUGUGGCCGGGAGUUUACGCUACUUGCCAAUAUGAAAAGACAUGUCUUAAUUCACACCAAUAUCAGAGCCUACCAAUGUCACCUCUGCUUUAAAAGUUUUGUGCAGAAACAAACUCUCAAAGCCCAUAUGAUUGUCCAUUCAGACGUCAAACCUUUCAAGUGUAAGCUGUGUGGAAAAGAAUUUAACCGAAUGCAUAAUUUAAUGGGGCACAUGCACUUGCAUUCUGACAGCAAGCCAUUCAAAUGCCUCUACUGUCCCAGCAAAUUCACCUUGAAGGGGAACCUCACCAGACACAUGAAAGUCAAACAUGGAGUCAUGGAAAGAGGAUUUCGUUCUCAAGGUUUUACAAGGGAACAAUUGAGACUAUCACAAACAGAUGCCUCAAGAAGCCUAGAACAGGAAGAACCUUUUGACCUUUCCCAAAAGAAUCACAGGCAAGGACUUUCCUUUGAUUCUGACAGGGAGACUGCGAAAGACAAUUCAAGCCAUGAUGAAGAAGACAAUUGCCACAGGGCAGAGCAGUAUUCUCCUCGCAUGCAUGACAAAGGCAAAAACAGACUGCAGGAUCCUCCAAGCGAAACAGAAAAUGAGGUUAAGGAUUUCAGAGAGUCAUACUGUGAUGGAAAAGAGAAAAAGUUCAAAGACAUCACUGAGGACAAACACGAAAACAAAAGGGAGCGAAGCCAGGUAGAGAGAGACUUUGUGAAUAACAAUGAGGAAUAUCACUUCGAAAGUAAUAGAUUCACUCAGUCUCUAUCUGACUAUUUGUACUUUCAACAUAGGAACAAGAGUUUGAAGGAGCUGCUGGAAAGUAAAAUGGAGUCACAAGCUGCUUUUCUGGGGAUCUAA